AUGAGCGAACCCAAAGAUAGGCAUUGGUUACAUGUCAUUUUCCACAUCAAAGACAAGGUCACAUCAGACCCUAUGCCAAAGCUAUUAAGACUUCUGAAGGAUAAGGAGGCCGUCGACGAAUGGACCUUUGAAUUGCGAGAGAGGGAUACCAUUCUUCAAAUGACAAUCAGUCACCACUAUAAAGCUCAUCACUUUACAAAAAACAUACCCAUCAACACGACAAACAGACACAUCCUCAAAAUGCCGAAUUCUUCUGAGACCACUGUUUUCACCCGAACGGGUAACACUGCCGGCGUCCAAGAGAGUGUCCAGAAGCUCGCUGAUGAGUGGAAGGGAAAGGGGAUCAAGAUUGAGACCGGUCCCAACAAGAUCACUUUCAUCACGCCACCUGGAGGUCAGCGCGCAAGUGAUUACUCGGUGAAGAACUUUCGAGCCCGUAUGGAAAAGGAUGGCUUGUGGAGCGAUUGGAAGGUUGCUAAAUGA